UCCGACAACGGUCCACUUCAUAAUUUGUUUAUGAUCACGUAACGUCUUUGAGAACAAACUUUGGCCAUACAACUUUUCCAAGAAGGAGAGAACAAUUGGUCAAUACGGUUCUGUUAAACUUUUUUGACCGCAAGUCAUGUCCGAGACAAGUACGAGUCGCCGAUCAAGAGUUCUACAGGCUCUUCGAACACCAAAAUUCUUAAAAGGACUUCACAUCUUGGCGAUAGUUCUCGGUUUUUUAUGCAUUGGCGGCUGUUUUGUGCUUGCAAGUCUCACGUACAUUUUAUUUGGAGACUGUGAUGGCUGUGAGAUGGAAUCAGAGGAUAAAGCUACGGUAAAAGUUUUGAGGAUUUUAGCUACUGCCUCUUUCCUUUUAGGAAUUCUCUCUAUUGCUUUGUCACUGUGCUGUAAAGGAACAGCUAGCAACAGUCUUGCUCCUCAAGUUGUGGUUUCGCCUAUACCUGAAGCAGAUUUAGAGAAAUCGCCCGCUCCUGUACUAGCAUAUAAUCAUAUUCCUCAUCGGCAAGCGUUUGAUCCCGAAGAUUCUGCGACGAGUUACAGUUUGACUGAAUUUGUAGCGAAUGUGGACAAUAUAAACGAACAAACUGCGUCUAAUUCUUCAGAAAAUGCGGGAUUUUGGACAGAAGAAAUUGAUGGACCUGUUACACCCCCACCAACUUACGAGGAAGCUCUUGUUAUGGAAUGGCCGGUUUUAACGGUUAAAGAAAACAGCUUACAGAACUCAGAAGAAACAGACUCUUUCAACACGGGAUUGUAGACGAAAAAAUUCAAGUUUACACACAUGAGAGAACACCAGCUCGCAGAGCAAAGGUCAUACAUCACAAUAUGUGGACAGUUUGAUAAGAGUUGUUCACGAUGGUUUCACGCGAUAAAUAUAACUUGACGUUUUUCCAUUUUCUUUAUAAAUAUCAUAACUCUAUUUAAUUAUCAUCCUACAGUCGAUGUUAAAACACUGCAUGAAUUUUUUGUACAAAGUUUGCAAAUGUAAUUAUUUUUUUGAGUUCACAUAGGUUUCUUUUUGUUCACACACACACAUACAAAAAUGUAUAUAUUCAUAUUACCUCACGCUAUUGGGUGGCUGAUAUCAUGCUUGUCGCUCUUUUUUUUUCAUACAGAUAUUUUGUACGCAUACUAGUAUGGAUCGUCAAAAAUGUUCAACAAAGAAAUAAAUGUUUUACUAUAUUUUGA